UUCGUGGUGGGAUUCGUGUGUCUUCGCUUCACUCGCCAUAACCUUUUCCCUGUUGUAUAAUGAGACAUGUAAUACUUGCUUUGACUACUUCAUGGGGUUCAGAAAGUCCAUCCCUCGCUGCCGAAGAAUCAACAGGAUGCUCUCCAAUGAGUCCCUUCAGUCCCCGGCGUUCAGCCGCUCCAACUCGCAAGCCUCCGUAGACAGUGCCUCCAUGGAGGAUUUCUGGCGGGAGAUAGAAAGCAUCAAAGAGAACAGCCUGGGCGCUCAGGAGGAACAGACACCUGCCGAGGCCAAGCCCCUGGAUGAAGGAGAACUUGAAGCGGAGUGGUUGCAAGAUGUGGGUUUAUCAACCCUGAUCUCGGGUGAUGAGGAGGAAGAUGGCAAAGCUUUGCUCUCUACUUUGACUCGAACCCAGGCAGCUGCAGUGAAGAAGAGAUACAAUACCUACACACAAACCUUGAGGAAAAAGAACAAGCAAUCUGUCAGGGAUGUCAGAGACAUCUUCGGAGCCAGCGAAUCUCCUCCAGAUGAUUUUUGUUGUGUCCCAGCUCCUCUUCUGGAUGUGAGCCCGGAUGAAGGAAGGAUGCCAACGGUCCCCUGCAGAAAUGGUCAGCUGCCAGGUGAUACCUGUGACAGCCAUGCUAGCGAGCUGGAUGACGCCCGGGAGGGAAAAGCACUGCCAGGAAUCAUCAAAGCGAGCGGCCCCCUGCCAGACGGUGCUUCGCUCCACAGUAGUACCCUGUCAGAUGGGUCUCAGGAUGAAGAAUGGAGUUUUGCUCUUCCCAGGAGUGGCCCCACGUCCAUCCUGGAGGCCAUUCCAGACGUGCCAGUCCAUUCCAACGGCGCAGCAGACCCUGGACGGUCCGCGCGGAACGUGGCAAGUGAUGAUGAAUAUCUGGAAAAAAACAUUUCGGUAGAAGCUGAAGAGCUGUCCUUUGAAGUAUCAUAUUCAGAAAAGCUAACACAGGCUCCAAAAAGGAACAGAUUUAAGAAGUUAGAUUUUAAGAAAGAAGACUAUGUUUUACCUAAAUUUGUUGUUCAGAAAACCAGAUUUGGCCUAACCAAAGCAGAAGAUCUGUCUGCUGAAGACAUGAAGAAAAUCCGCCAUCUCUCUCUGAUUGAAUUGACGGCCUUUUUUGACGCCUUUCGAAUUCAGCUGAAGAGAAACAAAACAGAGAAAGUGAAAGGACGAGACAGUGGGAUUUUUGGAGUUCCCCUCACAGUCCUGCUGGAAAAUGACCGAAGGAAAGACUCUGGGGUCAAAGUUCCCCUUGUGUUACUAAAGUUCUUCGAGAAAGUUGAGGAAUCGGGUCUGGAAUCUGAAGGGAUCUUUCGACUUUCAGGAUGUACUGCCAAAGUCAAGCAAUACCGUGAAGAACUGGAUGCCAAGUUUAAUGGUGACAAGUUUAAGUGGGAGAAAAUGUGCCAUAGAGAAGCUGCAGUUAUGCUGAAAGCCUUUUUCAGAGAAUUGCCAACCUCUCUCUUUCCCGUGGAAUAUAUACCUGCCUUCAUCACUCUAAUGGAAAGAGGGCCUCACAUCCGAGUACAGUUUCAAGCCUUACACCUCAUGGUCAUGGCACUGCCUGAUGCCAACAGGGACACAGCCCAGGCCCUCAUGACAUUCUUCAAUAAAGUCAUUGCCAAUGAAUCAAAAAACCGCAUGAGUAUAUGGAACAUUUCUACCAUCAUGGCACCAAAUCUCUUCUUCAGCAGAAGCAAACAUUCUGACUGUGAAGAAUUACUCUUGGCGAACACGGCUGCCCACAUCAUCCGUCUGAUGCUCAAGUACCAGGAGAUGCUGUGGACGGUUCCAUCUUUCUUAAUCGCUCAAGUCAGAAGAAUGAAUGAAGCCACCAUGUUGUUAAAGAAGCCGCUCCCAAGUGUCAAAAAGCUGCUAAGGAGGAAGACCAUAGAACGAGGGGUUACAAGCCCCAAGACAUCAAAGGUACUACAAAAAUCACCCUCUACAAGAAGAAUGUCCGACGUGCCAGAGGGCGUCAUAAGGGUCCACGCGCCCCUUCUCUCCAAGGUGUCCAUGGCCAUUCAACUCAACGGUCAAACCAAAGUCAGAGACAUACUGGCAAAAUUUCAAUGUGAGAACAGUCAUGGUUCAUCGGAAUGCAUGAAGAUCCAGAACCAAAGGUUAUAUGAAAUUGGAGGCAAUAUAGGACAGCACUGCUUGGAUCCGGAUGCUUAUAUACUGGAUGUAUAUCAUGUGAAUCCCCAGGCAGAAUGGGUGAUUAAACCCCAACAGAGUGUUUGAAAUCACCCCCCAAGAUGGCAGCUACCAUGUAUUACACACCAAGGAGUCCUACAUUCAGUAGGGAAAAAACAUGUUUGUCCCUAGACCCUCUCGGUGUUUCUCAGCCCAACUGGUGUCUCCCGGAAUUGUCAGCGUGAAUCGUGGCAGAGGAGCUGGUUGACCAUCUGAGCUGAAGCCGUCUCAUGCUGGUUCCUUGGUAAGAGUGAAGGAAAGAGGGUGUGAUCCUUCCAGAAGAAAGGCCAGCAUAGAAUAUGGAGCUCUUAUCAUUUCUGAUACUUUGACUCACAACAGAAAUGAGCUUGGUCCUUAUACCUGGGGAUAAGAGGCACUUCUCAAUGUAGCAAGUGCUGCCAAACACAAGAGAUGGAAGAGACUUUUUUAUACCUAUGUUUUAUAUAUAUAUAUUUGAACAAGAAUGCCAGAAAAAAACAAAAACUUCUUCUCUGAACAGUAAUUUAGAUCUCCUUUCCAAAGAGACACUGUUUCCAAAGUCACGCAUACAAUAUUUAUGCUCUGACUUGCUCCUGAAUUGGAGGAGGAGGAACUUCUGUUUAAAGACCACUGUAUUGUUACGUAUGCUGUACUGUGUUGUGACUGUCUGCUUUCUGGUGCAAGUGAACACUUCCCCAUCAUGGACUAUUGAAAACGGAUACUUUUAAAGCUUACUCUGUUACGAGCACAUGGUUAAGGUCAGGUUUACAAAGGCUUUUCUUGUGCUUCCAUAACCUUCAGUGUAGUCAGCAGUCCUGGAGCUUCUGUUUCUCAUCAUGAUGAUGGUGCUCAGUGAAUAGCUCUCCAUGUGCCAGGCCCAGAUUGUCUUUCCUCCCCAAACAGAUCAUUUUUUAAGUUUCAUGACUGUAGAUAAUCACUUCUGCAGCCCCAGUGUUCAAAUGCAGAACUGCCUUUAUCCAACUGCUCUUUAUCCAAGAGUACUGAAAAAUACCAUUCUAUCCAGACUUCCUACGCUGUAAAAACAGAUUUUGUUUGUGUUCAUCCAUCAUAGACUUGGCCAGGCCCCGUAGAUUAGCAUCAGGCUUUAGAAUCAGAUGCAUGUUGGGUGACCUGAAAACUGCCUCGCUCCCAGAAGCCCACAAAGCCAUUUUUCCAGGCCUGGAGUUGGCGAGAAAGCACAGUUCUCCACGAUUCUGAGAGCAGAUCUGACAUGUGCUGAGAGGUCAGGGAGCCCUGCCUUUCCUCUGGGGACUGCGGCAUAUAGAAACGGGGAUAGAGGUCUCACUUAUCCCACAUGUGUGCUUUGGAUUAGAAUCUACAGCUUGAGAUUUUGACGAGCUUAUGUGAGUUUUAAUGAAAUUUAACAUCCAAAUGACUCUCCCUUGCAGUUCAAACAAUAGACAAAGUUGCUCACAAAUGCAGAAAGCAUUUUACCUACUUGCAUUGGUAGGUGGGUUCUUUACCACUAGUGCCACCUGGGAAGCCCUUUAUCUAUUUACCAAGUCUAAAAACAUAAUGUGAUGAUAAUUUAAGCCUAUAUUAUGAAAGAAAUCUUUUCCAUGCUCAGUAUGCCUUGAUAGCUAUAAAACCAUGAUUUAUAUUCAGCGUUCCUGGCCAUUGGAGCUUUGUUACAUUUUUGUGGAAAACUAAUAUCCAUUCAUUUUAUUUGUUUGAGAAUUUUUAUUUCCUUUGCUUGAAAACCCAGUGGAAGAAAAACAUGCAUUCUCUUGGUUUAUAUUUAUUCCUUUGUUUCAUCAGUUUUCAAUGUAUGGCUAAUUGACAGCAUGUGAGUUUGCAUAAUGAACUUUGAGGGUUUGAGAAAAUGCAGUUAUCAUUCUUGCAAUUCAAACAGGAGUAAGCAUCUUACUCCAUGUAUUAGUUGCUAAGUUCCAAGACAUAAGAUGGCUGUAACUGAUGCCCACAUACAAGGAAGUUCUUCAAAUUAGGUGCCUUACACGUCUGUGUAUAUAUUAAAACGAUGACUUAUUUUUCUAACUGAAUUUCCUCUCAUUUAGAAUAAAUUCUGUUGUGCUUAUAAAAUUCACCAACCUAGCCAAUUUUUUAUUUUUAAUUUUUUAUUUCGGAAUUUUUAUUUCUUUUGACUGAAAACACAUUAACACUGAUGGAAAAAUUCUAAAAGUCUUAAGAUUUACCCCAUUAGUCAUUAGUUUUAAAUAAAUGGCUAACAGAUGACAGGUAAAAAAAAUUAAGUUUCUGAAUUUCUUAUCCACAUUUGAUGUGGAUGUGACAUCAUUUAGAUGUCAAAGGCUCAGGCCAGUCAAUACUCUUAAAUUAAUCACUUCACUGCCUUCAAGGAUGUGUGACAACUUUAAAAUAACGAUAUAAUAUGGAAGCCCAUGUCACUACCCAUAUAUUGGAUGUAACUUGAAUUCUUAGUCAUAGCAUUAACUAACUGAUCAGAGAAGAAUUUCCAGUAGACAGACAAUCUAAUUUUUGUGAAGUUAAAGAAGUUCUUUUUACUGAUUUUAUUACUUUUUUUUAACUUAACUUUAUUCUUAAUGAAUAAACAAACCUGUACAACUAAAACUCAGAAAUGCCAGUCACCAAAAAAAAAAAAAAGAAAGAAAGAAAUGCCAGUCACCUAAGUGUUGAAAAACUAUCUUUGCCUUAUGAAGAGUUGUUUUUGCAAUAGUUACAGUCAUCUAUAAAAAUGAAUAGUGUAAAGGCAAACAUGAAUAGUGUAUCUGCAAACAAGAGUCAGACCCUGGGCUUCUAAAUUUCUUUUCUUGGUAGCUUCCACCUCACCUUGUCACGUGCGCUCUUGGUAUGCAGUUAGGAAAAUGACAUCUAGGAGAGCGUUAGAGAAAGUUAACGUUUUAGGAAUGCUUAUUCAGAAAAAAAACCCUAGAACAGGCUCCUUCUUGCCUCCAGUCUACAAAAGAAGAUCCCUUUGCUAAACAGCUCAUGAUUCUUCAGGUCACUGAACAAUGAGUUCAGUGAGUUCAAGGGGAGAUCUUUGAACAAACUGGAAUAUUAAUCUCUUUACAAUGUAUAUACAAUAUAAACUACCUCACUUGUCUUUCCUGGGGGGAAAAAAUAACGGACGUUAACAAUUUUUGUUACAAAUGGCCCCUGAUCUUAUUAUUUAAGUCACUUCAGUUAGCUUUCAAUGUACAUUUAAUAAUAUGCAUUUAAUGAUGUAAAAUAUUUUUAGCAAAAGCUUUAAAACCAAAAAUACUCUGUAAUUGUGAUGUGUGUUGUAGAGGCUGAGAGAGUCUGUCCUUUAGUCAUUGUCUCGUGUGUUUAACCCUGUGGAGUCACAAGUUUUCAAAUGUAGGAAUUCACUCCAUCAAAUUUCAUGCAUUUUCAACUGUUUUCCCCACGUUGCACUUGACUGAAAGUCACGUGAGAGUAAAGUGCCCCUUCUUUCUAUCAAGCAUAUUUCAAUUGUUUUUCAUAAAUGUAUUACACAUCUGAAAGGAAUAUAUAUUAUGGGACUCUGUAGUUUCUAUUUUCUGUCUGGCAUUUUCAGCUGUGUUUUUUUUUUUUUCUUUUUCUUUUCAUAAACAUGUCACUUAAUAAAAAAUAAUAUGACAUGGAUUAAAAUGUUUCAAACAUUUUUCAACAGUUGUACACACACACACUACCUUAAUUUAAAAAUGACAUCUUUUCUUUCAGGUAUUUUCCAGCUGUUCUUGGAAAUGAUGUGAUUUGAUUGAAAAGUCAUGUUGUCACUAGGAUGCCAAUUUUUCAUGUUGUCUCCCAUCUCAAGAGUUAAUGUUCUUUCAUCCUGUCAGUUUCAUUGCCAAGUAUAAUAUGUAUGUUGCAUUUUAUUCAUAAAAAUAAAGAGGAAAAAUCCAAAAGCA